GUUAGCAUCAAAAUGGUGGACAAAUACAGUUUCGUUACUUAAAUCGCGAAAUUACUACUUAUAUUCUUUUAACAAUAAAUCAAAUACAUCAAAAUGAUGACAUAAACUACUUAACAAUAAUUUUCAAUCAUGGAAAGUGACGAAGAUCACGUACAAACUUUGCUAAGCAUGGGGUUCCCCAGCGAACUUGACAUUCGAAAAGCUUUGCGCCUAGCAAAGAACAGUUUAAAUGACGCCGUUGCAAUAUUGACUAAUGAUCAUCCUACUACUAGUUUUGACACUCUCGAUGAUAUUGAAAUGAAAGAUUUGGCAAAAGGUUCAACCAACCCAGUGUAUGGUCCAAAUCUACCCAGCUACAGUGACAGUUCUGAAACUGAGAAGGAGAUGGUAGAAGCAAUGGAAGAUUCCUCAGAUGCGGUUCAAGAAGAAGUAAACCCAUAUGAAUUCCCAGUAACCAACUUGUAUGAGCUAGAGGGCAGGGUUUUUGCAGAACAUUGGUCAAUACCUUACAAGAAAGAGGAAUCACUAGGGAAAUGUUUGAUAGCAGCUGCCAAUCUUGCAGAAGCAGGGCUAAUGGAUAAUGAUGAAAACUGUUCAAGAUUUGUGAAUCGAGUUAUGACUGAGUCUUUUCAGAAGUUGCUGACUUCCAAUGCUGUACACCGAUGGAGCACGGACAUCCAUGAAGGCAUCUUCAACAUGCUGCAGCUGCUCGUGGAUCUGUGUGUGGCCAGGCUUAAGCAGCAGCCAGUGCACCAGCUUCUCAUGGACAUACUUGCCAUGGCGUUGAACCCAGAAUGUGAGUUCCAGUAUAAGAACAAAGGUCGUCGUGAUCGAACCAACUGGGAGGAAAAACUUGAAGAUGGUGAAAUGUACUCUCGAGUUGUCAUUGAUACAUACAACAAGGAUCCCUAUGGCUGGCUUACUGGGCUCAUUAAUAGGUUUGCGUGGAAAGGAGGGUUUGAAAGCAUAAAGAACAUCCUAGAAUCGGACGAGCUCGAUGCUCCUGUAAGUCAGAAUCAUAUAUUGUCAAUAGCUGCCUUGUUGAAGCCGUUGGGUAUGUGUGCGGAGUACCUGAAUCCCGAGGUAGUCCGGAAAUUACUCACCACAGGAAUGGAGCGAUCCAUACAAUAUGUGCAGAAACUUGAGGAAAAGGACUUCAAGGAAAAGAAAGUGGGCAGUGUAUCAGACCUGCUAUCCUCCAUGAAGCUCCUGUGUAUGAAAAUCUGGCCCACCGACACCGACUCCCUGGAUAGUCUCCGGCUCGAUAUCGCCCUCCGCAUGCUCAAAUCUCCACAUUUUAACGCCAAGAUGAACUCGCUGAAAGAGGUGACAAAGUUGAUUGAAGAUGCUACUAGUACCAAGAACCCUCGUCAGAAGACGGCCAUACCUCAGAAACAGAUACAGGAGUGGCUGGUGGAGAAUAAAAUCCUCUCCAUAGCCCUAGAAGGUAACAUCGACCAGGCGCAGUACUGUGAUAAAAUCAAGGGUAUUGUGGAUUUCCUGGGAACUGACCUGUCGUCUGACGAGCUCACCAUGAUCUGGAAGAUGCAGAUUUCUCAGACAAACAAUGUUAUAGACAACAUUCACUCGAUCAUCGCUGCUGCUGCUGUCAAGUUCGACCCCAACCAACUGGAACAUCUGGUUCUUCUUAUCCAAAAGAAAUGGCAAGAAGAAAAUGACAAAUCCAGGGAAAAACUGCUUAGCCUGAUUGGAAAAAUUGGCAGAGAUGCAAAAAUACCAAAGACUACAAAUCAGGUUCUACAGUUGCUAUGGGACCUUUCCCACUUGCCAGCCCUCUCCACCCAUCUGGUGGAACUCGCGCUGGAAGAACACCUCGCAAUCCUCAAUGACUCGUACACGGUCAAGGACCAGGUGAAGCGGAACUACGUCUCCAAGUGUGUUGAUGACAUUAAGAAGGGUGUAUGCGUCCUUCCAACGUUGAAACAGUUGCACCAGUUGAGCAAAAACAUCCUAAAACACAGCUUUAAACAAGACAAGGGAAUUCUACAUGAUCUGAACAAGAACUUUGACAUCAUCAAGCUGGUCACUCAGAGUCUGGUCAAGUGCCACAAGCAGGCUGUGGCCAGUGUGGGGGAUGGACAGCUGGACCACAACACUUCAGUGGAUGGUCGAUACCCACACUCAGAGUAUGUGAUGUCGCACCUGUCGUUCCUGCAGUAUGUGUUACAGGAAGGGAUUCUCUACCUGCCCUGGAAUCGGGCACGGGAAAUCUGGGCUACACUGGUCGCCUCAUCAGAGGCUUGCAACUGGGACAGGGAGACAUGUUACGAGUGGUUCUCCAAGGGACUAAUGGAUCUUGACAAUGAAACCCAGGGAAAACUCUUCCAGAAUGAGCUGCUCAAGAUGGACUUUGCCAAAAUAAGUGAAAAAGGUUUUGAGUGUUUCAAGACAUACUUCGAAAAUGUGAACAAGAAUGAACAUCGUUUAAAAAAGGACCCUGGGGGUCAGGUCACAGUGGAGAAAGUCGAGCUACAAGGGUUAGAUUUCCUCUGGGAGCUGUGUCUUAACACGCCAGAUGAGAGCAUUGCGGAUGCCGCCAUUCAGCUUUUACUCAAUGUGUCUUACAACAAUUUGACCUCACGGCUGAAAAAGGAUCCUGUAAACCUCCACAAGAAGUUUAUUAACGAGUGUAAGACACGGCUAGAGAUGUCUGUAAUCGGUGUGAGUGGUACGGCCAUCUCACAGGCUAUAUUCAGCGCCACAAGAACCCUCACCGCUCCCACUGUACCUGAGAUCGCCACCAUUGCAAUACCAUCCAAGUCCAUUAAGCUGUUGAACAUCGAGCGCUUGCUGUGGAUUGCGGAGACUUAUGUUUUAAAUGUCGAAGAAACUCACACCAGCCCACGCACCAUUCUCCCACAUGGGGCCUCGUUCCAGGGGUACCAGAUCAACCUGUUCAUCACAUGUGAGGCACCCAAGCAGGAGUUCAUGCUUGUGUGUCACAGUAAUGAAAGUCUUGGUAAUGUUCGGACAAAGAUUGCGUCUCGCUUGCGUCACUCCUCUGACAACAUACAGAUGGUAGCGCAGGAGAAAUCAUACUCAACUGUGCUGGGAGCAAACAAGGACCAGAAGCUCCUACAUCAGCUGGAUUUUGAAGACAGCCAGACUAUACAGGUCCGGAUGGUCACUCCAACCAGCACCGCUACCGUCAAGCAGGAGGUGCAAGAUCAACCUUUAAACGAACAGCAGACAUCAUUGGCCCCAAUGUCCAAGCAGACGUUUGACCUUGAGCAGGAGAAGAUGUUGCCGGGGGUGAUCAUGGCUGCCGGGGGACAGGUGUUCGAUAUGCUCUACCAACUCUCAGAACUCGAUGAAACCAAAAUAACCACAAGGGUACGGAAACUGUUGAUGUUGAUACCCACUGAUCCAGCAGUCAUAGAGGUCUUGGACUCCAUAUCAACCAGAUUACCAACACUGGGUUCAUCAGAUGACCUGAGCCCACGGUCAAGCCCCAGGAAGCCCGCAGUGUCAAGCCCGAGAAAUAGUCCUCAGGAAACCCUUAAAGCUCUGUUUGAUUGCUCUAGUCCGGACAUGUCAGCAUUUAGGGUGCUGUAUAACCUAGAGGUGCUCAGCUGUAAACUAAUGCCCACAGUCUUAGAUAUGGGAUCUAAGGCCAGCUCCCAGGCAUAUUUUGAGGACUUCCUGACUGCCGGGGGUCUUUCUACGGUGGUGAAUGUUUUACAACCCGAGUCACUUAGUCAGGACAUCCACUAUGGAACCAGACAGGGAUGUUACUCUGUGUGUCUCCAACUGGCCAGAUACCUGCUUUGUGGUCAGACUGUAACAGGCGAGCUAGCUUUCACCCCAGCCAGGGAGGACCUGCGCCCAUCAAGUGUGGGGUCAGCAGGGGGUGGGGCCAUGGUUGUCCCGGCAACCCCACCCCCGGGGACACCCACUAUCCUGCUACACUCCCUUGAGACCAGGACCGCUGGCAGUCAUGCUGUACAGACAAUGGGAGUACAUGACUUCACAGAGACGGUGUCCUGCUUCAUGAGGGUAGCGUGGGCAGCAGCUGCAGGAAAGCUCCACCUCCUUAGUUCACCACAGCCAAUCAGGGAGAACGCAACAGCAUAUAGCUGUGGUCGACGCAGUAGGCAGAGUAGUACAGGUUCUCAGGGCAGUACAGGCAGCGAGAGUGACUGUAGCUCCUUACAUGGGGGAGUGUGUGUAAAACAACGCUUCAUCUCAGCCAAGGACUGUAACAUUGCUAAGGAGGCAUUAGAAAUACUUGUCACAUGUUUACAACUCCGGAGUGAGCUCAUUGCCGCAUUCUACUCUCUGCCAUGUGUGAGCGACUUCAUCAUUGAUAUCCUAGUCGGCUGUUCCCAGACGGACAUUCGCAGUGCAGCCAUGGAUCAGUUUCUCCUGCUUUCCCAGACAGAGCUGCUGAGCCCAGAGUUGGGGCGGGGAACUCAGACUCCACACCAGUUUUUGUUACAAGUUAUCCUGAAGGCUUAUCUUCCCUUUUGGGUGUCAUCGUCUGCCACAAGAGGGGCUAGUCAGAGGUUGCUCAGUCAGUGCACACAGUAUUUUGAGUUACGUUGUAAACUACUGGAAAACCUAUGCAGUUCAGACCAGGCAUUAUACCAGGUUGAAGUCCCUGAUAUGUUGGAAGACGAGGUGGCUUGGCUUGGCAAUUUUGUCCCCUCUGAACACCCAGAACUGAAGGAGACCGACAACCUUCUACUGGCAGGCCACCUUAAACUGAUACGCACACUGUUUACAUGUGACGAUAUUAGUAAGGAGGAUUAUGGAAAGUCACUAGUCCAUGACCUGUUGCGAGACUUCCUGUUCCCAGCUUCCAAGUGCAUGAUGGAUAGCAUGAAUGGUGCGACAACAGAUCUGCUGCUGUCUGAGUUUAACCCAAGGUGCAGUAACACAGAUUCCCGUGUGGCAGCCUAUGAGUUGAUAACAGAGCUGGCCCGCGGUUCGCUGUCCAACCUGCAGGACGUUUGUCGUCAGCUCACUGAGAUGCACCAUCAGCCAAAUGUGGACUGUGCCAAUGAGUGGGAGUACUUACCUCCUGUAGAUGGGCGUGCCGACUGUGGCUAUGUCGGGUUACGUAAUGGUGGGGCGACAUGCUACAUGAACUCAGUCAUCCAGCAGCUGUACAUGGUGCCAGGGAUACCAGAGGCAGUGCUCAGUGGGGAGGAGGAGGACACUGUCAAUGAGGAAGGAGUUUACUACCAGAUUCAGCAGGUAUUUGGUCACCUAAUGGACAGUCGACUGCAGUACCAUGAGCCUGAAAGGUUCUGGAAGGUGUUCAAGUUGUGGGGCGACCCCGUCAAUAUCCGUGAACAGCAGGACGCCUUCGAUUUCUUCCAGGCCCUCAUUGAUCAGAUCGAUGAACAGCUCAAGAAAUCAAAGAAGGAAGAAGUCUUUAAGAAGAAAUUUCAGGGAAUUUUCACUGACCAAAAAAUAUGCAAGGACUGUCCACACAGGUAUGAGCGCGAGGAGAUGUUCACAGCGCUUAACCUGACUGUAAAGAACGCCACUCUGCAAGAUUCCCUCGACCAGUUUGUGAAGGGGGAACUCCUCGAGGGCGACAACGCUUACUACUGUGAGAAGUGUGGAGAGAAGCGUAACACAAUCAAACGGAUGUACAUCAAGAACCUGCCACCCACCCUGUGUAUUCACCUGAAGAGAUUUGGUUACGACUGGGAGGCCAACAGGGCACUUAAGUUUGACGACUACUUCAAGUUCCCCUGGGUGUUAGACAUGGAACCAUACACGGCGGAGGGGAUGGCCCGACGGGAUGCUGCGGAGGAGGACAAGGACGGGGACGAGCCCCUGACCCCCUCACCACGUCCCCAUGCAGACGAGGGUCCCGCCAUGGAGGUUUCCUUCAGUCCUGAGCCCAGACAGAUCAACUAUGAGCUAGUCGGCAUUGUCGUACACAGUGGCCAGGCUAAUGCUGGCCAUUACUAUUCUUUCAUCAAGGAAAGGAGAGGCACAGUGUUGAACAACAAUAACAAGGGGAAGUGGUUCAAGUUUAAUGACACGGUGGUAGAAGAGUUUGACAUGACAGAUGCUGCCAUUGAAGCUGAGUGUUUUGGGGGAACCUACAAGGCCAAGGUCUACGAGCAGUCUAAUUCCUACCCUGAAGACAGACAGCGCUACUGGAAUGGUUAUAUGCUCUACUAUGAAAGAAUGGAUGAGAAUAAGUCUUCCCUCUCGGCCAAAAAGAGCAAAAUUGUCACUAGAAAACUCUGGCCUGAUGGCAUGUUGAGAAGUAACCGUAGUUCGGACAGUUUUGUGGAGCUCACUGAGCUCGUACACAAGGGGGAGAGGCGAGGAAUAUUCAUGGACAAGAUGCCGCCAAGUAUACAGAGACUCAUACACAGUGAAAAUCUCACAUUCAUCAAGAACAGGGAUGUCUAUAACCAGGAAUACUUCAGAUUUGUGAAGAACCUUGUGGCUAGAAAUACUAUGAGCUGUAAGCACCCUGACUACAGUGACAUGUGUGUGGUGUCCCUACAGCUAGCCGUCAAGUUCCUCUUCAACCUCUACUUCAGGACGAAAAAGAAGUCUUUGGAGGACUUGGAGGAGUGGGUGGAUGUUUUGGAUGAGCUGGUACACCGAUGUAAGCCUGCCUGUAGGUGGCUGCUGGAUUAUCUCGCCAGUGAGGAGGGCUCCACAUAUAUCAGGCCCUUCCUGCUGGAAUGUCCCAGUAAAGAUGUGAGGUUUUCAUUUGCCAAAAUUUUGGAGAAGGCCAUGUGUUGUUACUUGUCUGAACAUGGAGGGGUGCCUACCGAAAAGUGUGUAGAUGACAUUGUGGAACAACUACUGUCUAUGUUGAACAAAGAUGUGGUUGACCAGUGUAAACACAGUGUACAGUACUUCCUAGUCCUGCGAUCUUAUGUCCAACUGGGCACUAAGGCAGUGAGUCACAUGUUCAUGAGGAAUGGGUUCAAGCGUCUGGCUGUGUUCCUGCUCGGUCAACCCUCGUCUAACGGGGAGCAUGAGUCAACGAGCUCGAGGCGAUGGAGCUCAGUACAAUCCCGAGAGUUUGCUCACCUUCAAUCGACACUCGCCACACUCAUUCUCAAUUGUAAUGUUACCCACAAGAGAACCAUAGAUAUAGGGGAUCACAAGCCUUACAAACCAGUGAUGGCAUCACCAAAAACCCUGCUGAAGAUGUCGGCAGAGAUGGAGAAAUAUGUGUUCGGGCCGGAGUCAACUAGGUACCUCAAAGAGAUUGUACAAGCCGUUCGGGAGGUGAAUUGCUCCCUGGAUGCGGUCUGUGAUAUGCUGUACUACUGUAGCUUCUGUAACGAGGCGUUUAGCACCACUCUGCUGAAACAACUCAUGAUGCAGUACAUGACUGCCCCUUCUAAUGAACUCAAACCAGUAUUCAGUGUUCUCACUGAUCUGUUGUGUUUAGAAGACCCCCUGCAGCUGAAGAGGGUACAGUUGGUGAUAGACGGACAUGUGGAUGAUCAUGGGCAGCAGUUUGAGGGACUCCUUGCGGUUAUCCGUCUAAACCAUGUUCAGGACAGCAGACGGUCAUACUGGUGUAUCAAGUUCCUCGUUAACCUCGUGAACAGGUGCUCCGCAGUGAAGAACUAUCUCCAACAGACCAUGUCCAAAUGGCAAUGGGCAGUUAACUGGCUUAAGAAAAAGAUGACAGAACACAACUACUGGAGUGCAACAACAAGUAGCGUGGUGUCCAAUGAAGACUCGAACAGGAAGUCCUUCCAGAGGACUGUCAGUGCUCAGGAUACGCUUGAUGAGGCUACCGCCCUGUUGUCCGAGCUGGAAAACUUCCCGGAGAUGGAUACCAACGGCAACACAGCCACAUCUGACUCUGAUACUAUGGCAACUGAAGACACACCCCCUAGCAACCAGGUUGACAAGCCAAAUACGACAGAAGAGAAAGAAGAGAAAAAGGAGGGAGAAAACUCUUGAAUAACUCAGGGAAAAGGACAAACAAGAGUUAUUCCCCCUGACUGUUCUACAUUGUGGACAUGAUGUACAGCUGAUAGUUGCAUGCGACGGCUUUUUAGAUAUGUAAAUUUCUGGAUUUCUUGUUAGGUCCUGCGUUUAAUGCGGGAUUUCUUAGCAUGGAGGAGGAACAACUGUUGAACAAAUUUGUAGGUGCAUGUACGUUUUAUGACUGAAAAGGAGGAUUUUAAGUGCUAAAGGAGGUCGAUGAUUGUCUACAAUGAGCCUUGAAAAUAUACAAUUAGGCAGCAAAGUCAGGGCAUGAUGUUGCCCGUCAUUUUUAUCAAUAUCAGAUCAUAGGGUUAAUAAAUGAAUACAUGUACUCAUUAGCACAUACUUUAUUAUAAUUAUAGUUGACAUUAGUCACUUUGAGUGCUGACAUAAGUUAUGUUUACAUUGUUAUCCAUGUACGCUUCAUUAUUCCCCCAUCUCCCACAAAAUGUUUAGUAUUUAUAUAAUCACUACUUGUAUGUUAGCUUGUAAGAUUACAGUUUCAGUGGAUUGUUCGAUUUGCCAGACAAUGUUUGUGUAAAAAUAAUGUUUUGGAAACGGAGAAACGAUAUUGGCUUUAUGAUAUUUCAUAUGAAUCCAUACCUCCAAUCCACUCUUGCGCACAGUGGUCAGAAAUUGGUUCAGGAAGAGCAAUAUUUGUGAGCAUAUAAAGAGCUGAAUUUUUUACCUUCUGUACCCUGUGUUUAAGAUUUAACUAUGUUUUAAAUGUAAACAUUUCCAAAUGCUUAAAAAUUUAUAAAAUUUCAAAAUCAUGUAUUUGAAAUUCAUGUAUUUCUCCAAACAUUAUAACGCAAUAGAUUUUGUAACAAUGGCAAUAGAAUGACAUUUUUCUCGACUUUUUUGUUACUAAAUUUAAAACUAAUAUUAGAGACUGUACAUAUGAUCACAUUUGUCAUGUAGACUAUCAAAACGAAAAUGCUUAUCGUGUUGAAAGUUACAUUUUUUUUUUUAAUAAAGGGUUGUACGGUAGGUUUUCAUAAUAUUAUAAUAUUGAUGUCCAGCAAAACUCGGAAAAAUUGAAAUCUUAGGUACAGUAUUGUAAUGUUGUCAGUGGUUUUGUAUAUAAUGUACAAUACGGUUUUCUUACGGCGUUGUUAUUGUUGGUAUUGACUGUGAUUAAAGUAUACAUGGAGAAUAAAUCGAAGAAAUGUGGAUAUUUUGUCAUC